AUGGUCGACCAACAGGGCAGCGCCGGCGUCGCCAACGGUAGCAGCAAUAGCAAUCCUAAAACGCUGCACCAGCGUCUUCAGGCCGUGGUGCUAAGCAUUCAUUGGACGUAUAGCCUGUUUUGGCAAUUCUCCCCAAGUCGAGGGUAUCCUCUCUCUCUCUCUCUCUCUCUCUCUCUCUCCCUAUGUAUCUAUGUAUCUAUCUAUCUUCCUCUAUCUCUACCUUUCUCUACUACCGCUGAGUGAUUCUUCCUCUUGGUUGGCAUCACGAAUAAAGGGUUCUGUCGUGGGCGGACGGGUGCUACAACGGGGUGAUCAAGACGAGGAAGACGGUGCAGCAGACGGAGGAAGCUGGGGAGCCGGCCGAUGAGAACGAACCUCUCCAUAGAGCCCAACAACUAAAGGACCUCUACCAGUCGCUAUUGACGGAGGAGGAAGAUCUAGAGCCUCCGCGCAGGUCCUGGGCGACCCUCUCGCCGGAGGACCUCACUGAGUCCGAGUGGUUCUUCCUCAUGUGCAUCUCCUUCUCCUACCCACCGGGCAUCGGGUAUGCACAGUGUACCUCCGCCUUGGUUCCAUCUCUCUACUCUCCCUCUCUCUUUCUCCAGGUUAGGCUCAACUCGUAAAAUAUUUAGGGAUACGAGAAUCCUGGAAAAAAAUACGGAGAUAAAAAAUACAUCCAAUUGUUCUGCUCCUCGACGGAAGCGUAUUAAUGAACGCUUGUCUUUUUCCCCCUCUUAAUGCGGUGGUUUUGUUUCUUCCCAUCACUAAGUUUUCUGGUCGGUGGUCCGUUCCACACGUAUUUGGGUCGAAGUAUGCACAUGGUGCAUAAGGGGGAUAAGUUUUUACCGUAUACGUUCUGAGAAGGUGAAUGAAUACACAUACAAACAGACAGAUAAAUCGAUAGAGAGAGAGAGAGCGAGAGAGAGAGAGAGAGAGAGAGAGAGAGAGAGAGAGAGAACCACCUUGCAGAUCCAGCGCAUCCGUGGGAGUGACCAUGGAAGAAUCCUUGAAUUACUCUUCCCGUUGGGCAGUGACGACCUGUGAUUUCUACCGUGAUUUCUUCCUACUUUCUUACCAUCCCCUUUCUAUUGUUUACGUCGAGUUCUUUCCCUUCCUAGUCCUUUCUUGCUGCUGUCCCUGAUGAUUUCAUAUCUUCUUUGUUUUUUCUCCGCGAUUUCUUCCUUCCUACAGUCCUCCACACACUGUUACCGUCGAUUUCUUCUCAACUCGUCCUUUACUAUCUGCCAGUGGUUGUUUCUCUUUCAAACCAUUGUGAUGGCUGAUGUAUUCUCCAUCUCCCUUUCGUCUCGUCUUCUGACUCUCGAUUUCUUCUUUGUCUUCUUUUUAUGUCGGUGUUGACUUUUUCUCUCUUCUUGCUAGUUUUUUCUUCCCGCUGUCACUGUCGAUUUCUUAUGUCUCAUCUCUCCACCACUCCUCUUCUUUUUCUCACAAAACCUGGCCCGGUUGAACGUCAUCAAGCUAGUAAGUUCAUCCCAAGGGAUUUCUAUUUUUCAGUUUAAUGUCACAAAUUUUGUUCUGGAAUAUUUUUCUUUUAUUGGAUUCAAAAAGUAGUGUCUGUAACAUUUUCGGACUAAACCUCCAUAACUUUUUACUUCCUAUUUGGAACCCCUAAAUUCUCUUUAUCUCCUUCGCAGGCUACCAGGGAGGGCGUUCCAGACGCAAGGGGCUGUGUGGCUUUCAGGGGCGAAUGGUGUGGAUAGCAAGAUCUUUUCUAGAGCCAUCCUCGCUAAGGUACAAGUAGUUUCUAUGUCAUGGAUUGAUGCUCCGCUUCAUGCGGGGAGAGGCGACGGGAGAGAGAGAGAGAUGAUCGUUCUCGUUUAUUCUGUUGUUGAUGUGAUCAAAAACACAUUUAGUGACUCAUGCAUGCAAAGCUAAGAAGUAUCCACUUGAUGCAUUGAUUUACCUGGUCAUUAGAGGAGGGAGUGAGUGAGUGAGCGAGAGAGAGAGAGAGAGAGAGAGAGAGCAGGUGAUUAUCAUGUGUUGUUGUCGGUGGGAUCGUAUAGGAUUGGUGAGUUAUCCUGGCUAACGCGGGGACGUAUUUUCACGUCAUACAUUGAUCCUUCUGCUCACUGUGGUCUUGUGUGUUGGGAGGAGGGGGGGAGGGACAGAGAGAGAGAUGACUGAUCUUAAUUGUCUUCUCGUACUUUGCUGACGGGGGGGGGCGGGGCGGGGGGUACCAUAUAUUUAGGGAAUUUGGAGAAUUCCUCGAAAUCUCCAAGUUCAUCUGGUGGAAAUCAUCUCUUGCCAACAUCUGACUGGUCUUUAUACCUCUCCUUUUUCCGUGGACGCCUAUCUUGCUCGAAUGCUGGGCCUUCCGUACCAGAGCGCUCAGAUUCAGGUAAUCUCCUCAGUUCUGCCGGGCGUUCUGUCUGAACCCCUCUGCAGGACCCUAUUGGACAACUAGCUCCAGAGAUGACCAGGCUCUGUGUUCUUAUCGCAGACGGUCGUUUGUAUUCCUCUCUCUGGUGGAGUCCUGGAGAUCGGCACAACCGAUUGGGUGAGGGCCAAGAAGCAUGGAUGGUAUCUAGGAAUCCUUCGUUUGAAUGUCAGAGACUUGGACUAAUCUCUAGUGCAUCAGGUUGAAGAAGACCCGGAUCUGAUUCAGCAAGUGAAGAAUGUCUUCAGAGCCUGCCGCAGCGACUACGCCCUCUCGGAGUUCUCCACCAGCAAUCCGGCCCCCGGCCAGCAGCCCUUCUCCGGCCACCACGUCGGAGAUUACGGAGACGUCGACGAUGGAGCAGAGUCUACGUACUGCUCGAGAGCACGCGAAGAAUCCCCCGUUGAAGAUUUUGAGAUCCCGGAGGAGACGACUACGCAUAAUGUAGCCGCUGUAGGGAAAAAUAGGCCACCGGAGGACCUCUCUGACUGCGGUGGACUCCUCGAUGACCGCCGGAGAUCGGCGUUCUCCCCCUGGAGCCCUAGAGAAGUUCCCCUUCUCAUGCAGCAAUGGGGGCAUCCUCAGAAAACACUUAAGCUGGUCCUCCGCACCAUACCCUAUCUCUAUGGCGGUUGGGGAGAUGAGAGAUCGCCAAAGUCGACGGAGGGGGAGGAUCUGCUGAGUGGAAAGCAUGUUCUGGCGGAGCGGAAAAGAAGGGAGAAACUCAACGAGAAGUUCCUCGCCCUCCGAUCACUGGUGCCAUCCGGGACCAAGGUACGGAACGUACCAGAAUAAUAACACGUUAAAUACCCCCAAAGCAACUUUUUUAGUGAGCGUUGGAAUUUAUUUUAUUCGACACUACUUGUUUUGGAUUGAAAAGUCCUUAAUUUUUAACGAUAAGAAUGUAUGUUAAUUACUUCCUUUAUGAUCGCAGGUGGACAAGGCUUCCGUACUGGGUGAUACGGUCAACUACAUAAAGCAAUUACUGAGACGCACGGAAGAGAAUGAAGCCCGAAUCAGGCAAAUCGAGAGCGAGAAGACAACAAUAGCACCUAAUGUCUUCGCUUCUGAUGGCGGAGAGCGGACGACGAACCCUAAGAGGAGGUCGGAAGCGACUGGUGUGACGACCAGAGCCGGCAGGAAGAGGCCGAGAGCUUCGUGUAAUGACAGCGAGUUGGUCAACGGUGGCAGCCUGCAUGUGUCCGUAAUUGAAACGGACAUGCUCGUGGAGAUGAAGUGUCAAAACGUAGAUGGGCUUCUAGUUAGGAUCAUGGAAGUACUUGAAGAGCUUCGGUUGGAUACUACCUCUAUUACAUCCGCUUCAACUGAUGGCAACUUCAAAGUGGAGAUAAGAGCAAAGGUAUGGGCUACUGCUCUGAUACGAAGUUAAUUGGGCACUUAAGAGUUCAAGCUCUCAAAUAUUAGCUGAUUACCUGUGAUUGAGUGGAUCAGUUGCGUAAAAAGUUGUAAAUAUGACCUUUCCAUCACUAUAUUUGAUGGCAUAGAUACUAAAGUUGACACCUUUAUGCUCAUUAGCUUGGUUCAGAGUAGCCAAGUACCCAGCAUCUGGAAUUCAUCUAUGAUGAUAAGAAUGCGUGUAUUUUGCACGGACCCAUAAAACUAAUCACUAAACAUUCGAAUUUUGUUCCCCCUUUUUUCAGGUGAAAGAAAUUAAUGGAAAGAGAUCGAGCAUUGUUCAGGUAAAGAAAGCGCUCUACCAAUUAUUGCCUUAG